ACUGCUGCGGUCCAGCAGAAAGGCGACGCUCGAAUUUCGCCCGCCAGACAUUGUCGAGAUUUUACGAGUGCCAACAAACCAACAAUUUCCAAAACUCAUUGCAAAACACUGAAAUUUAAAUAAAAAAAAAAAAAAAACCUAACGUAUGCAAAUAUUUGAUUUCAAAAUACAAAUAUUUUAUUCAGUUUUUGUGAUCCCGACCCCACGCGAGUGUUGAUUUAUUUUUUGAGAGUUUUUGUGCGGGAGAAGCGCACUUUUUGGCUUUAUUUUGGUGGCGUUCAAUGUGUGUGUGAGAAAAAUCCGAAACAGAAAGUGCAGCCCUCCAAAUAAAAAACACGUGCCAGUUUCUCGGUGUCCAAGCCAGAGAGUCCGAGGUAAUUGAAUAAACGAUCCACAAUCACGAGUCAAUGUGUGUAGAACCUCUAUCACCCAUCAUACAAAAUUCGAGCUGUAAUGAUACUUAUUACUGUAAUUUUUGGAUGAAAUACUUACGCUUAUGUGUUUGGAACACUUUUUGUUGUGGUUUCAUUAAGAAAACAUUACAAGCUGAUCAAAAAGAGGUCAAGAUAAAAGGCACACUCUUCGCACUCUACAGCGGCUGUGAGGCAGAGUAAUUGAUAAUAUUGAAUGCUGGCAGGACAUUGCCAAGUGAAAUCCAUUAGUUAACGGGCAUCUUUAAUCACCUGGCACUCUCUUAUGGCUCGGUGGAUGCCACGUGGCCGUUGAGGUUUUGAUGCCUUUCCUAAUCUAAAAGGAUGUGGCAAGAGGAAUAUAUCCGGCGAAUGCGACACGCUGAUUGAGACCGGCUGAAAGGGACAAACGGAAGGAGACAGGUACACACUGGGAUACAAGGAUACUACAAGGACUGCAAGGAAAAUGUGCAAAGGCAGCAAUUCAGGAACGACAGCAACGCUGGUAAACUUAUUAGCGAAAUGCACGAAGUCAACAAACGGACAGGCGGCAGCAGUCCUCGCAGAGGAAAAGGAAUCGCAAAAUCGGGGGAAACUCGUGCCGCAAAAGCAACGAGCAAAACGUCAAAACAAGCAACAUCUACAGCUGCAACAGCAGCAGCAGCAACAGCAACAGCAGCAACAGCAGCAGCAGCAACACCAGCAGCAACACCAGCAGCAACACCAGCAGCAGCAGCAACAUCAGGAGCAGCAUAAUCAGCGCCAGCAACAAGGACAUCAAAUAGAGCAAAUGGCAAUGGGGACAAAUGAAGAGGCGGCGGCUGCCAAGGAGCACGAACGGCAGACCAAACUGGCAGACUCCAAAUGCAAAGGCAAACACCGGCACCAACGAAAUCGCAAUAAUGUUGCCGGCGUGCAGCAGCAUGUCCUGCGGUUCCUGCUCCUCCUCGUCCCGUUCGUCCUUGUCGUCCUGUUCGCCCUGUUUCCGGCCACCGCAGCCUCGAUGACACCUUCGGCCAGGAUCUCCAGUGCCAAAGGCUCGGCCCGUGAGCUCCUCUUCACGGAAAUGGGCGGUCUCUCCCCCGGCGGCGGAGCAGCAACCUCAGGAGGCACUGGAGCAGGAGCAGCUGGAGGAGGAGGCGGAGGAGGGGGAGGGGCAGUGGGAGCAGGGGGCGGAGGCGGAGGCGGGGGAGGAGGAGCGGCUGGGAUCGAGUGCCCCAGCUUCGACAACACCGCCUGUCCCUGCUACAAGUUCGAGGAUGGACUAUUCCUGGAGUGUCCUGGGACGACGGCUAUAUCGCUGCGCUCGACCCUCGAGCGGAUAUCGGCGCCGAUCCACUCGCUCUCCAUCUACGACUUCGACCGCUCGGUGACGUCACUCUCGCAGGACGUCUUCCAGCCGGGCGUCCACAUUCGGCACCUGCAGUUCUCUCACUCGCACCUGGAGGCGCUCAAGGACAACAGUCUGCGCAACGUCCGCUCGAGCCUGGAGUCGCUCAGCAUUGUCAAUGGCAAACUAACGCAGAUGCCAUCCCGUGCUUUGAGCUCGAUGCAGAAGCUGACGGCCCUGGACUUCGACUACAACGAGAUCGUGCGGGUGGAGGACUACAGCUUCUACGGACUGCGGCUCUCCAAGCUGAACCUCAAGGGCAACCGGCUGCAGGGGAUGACGGAGCACGCGUUCGCCGGACUGGAGGAGUGCAUGCAGGAGAUCGAUGUGUCGGAGAACGGACUGCGCACCUUUCCACUGAUGGCGCUCCGCAAGUUGGACCACCUGCGGAUCCUGCGGCUCUCAAACAACCGGAUACCCACCUUCUACGGCGACAUCCAGUUGGCCACCAACAAUGCCUCGGCGGCGGCAGCUGCGGCCGGAGCCUUCCAGCUGCCCUCCCUGAUCUUCCUGGACCUGAGCUCCAACCAGUUCGCCGAGAUCGGGGACGACUGCUUCAGGGCCUUUCCGCAACUGAAGACGCUCUCCUUCUACGCCAACCAGAUCGAGUUGGUCCAGCCGGAGGCGUUCAAGAGCCUGCGAGAGUUGAUGUCACUGGAUAUGUCGCACAACCGGAUCAUCACACUGGAUCCCAAGGUCUUUGCGCGGAACAAAAGGCUGCAGACGGUGGACCUCAGCCACAACCACAUCCACGCCAUCGGAGGAGUGUUCUCCGAUCUGCCCCAGUUGCGGGAGGUCUUUCUGAGCGAGAACAAUAUACUGGAGCUGCCGGCGGAUGCGUUCACCAACUCCACCAAUGUGGAUGUCAUCUAUCUGGAGUCCAAUGCCAUCGCCCACAUAGACCCCAAUGUCUUCAGCACGCUGGUCAAUCUGGAUCACCUGUAUCUGAGGAGCAACUUCAUACCCCUUCUGCCUGUCACGCUGUUCGACAAGAGCACGAAGCUGACGUCGCUGUCGCUGGACAACAAUGAGAUCCAGGAUCUGGAGAUAGGCAUGUUCAGGAAGUUGGAGCACCUGCGCGAGGUGAGGCUGCACAACAAUCGCAUCCGGCGGGUGAGGAAGGGCGUGUUCGAGCCGCUUCCUGCCCUCCAGGAGUUGCACAUCCAGAAGAACAGCAUCGAGGACAUUGAGCCGCAGGCCUUUCACACGCUGGAGAACAUGCAGCACAUCAAUCUGCAGGACAACCAACUCACCGUGCUGGAGGACAUCUUUCCGGACGACAACUCCUCCCUGCUUUCGGUGCAACUGGAGGCCAACUACCUGCACAAGGUUCAUCCGCGCACCUUUCGUCGCCAGCAGAAGGUGCAGAUCAUGUGGCUGAAGGACAACCAGUUGGCCAGAGUGGAGCGAUCCUUCUUCGCCGAUACUCCCCAGUUGGGCAGGCUGUACCUCAGCGAUAAUCGAAUCAGGGACAUUGAGAAGGACACGUUUGCCAACCUGCUACUCCUGCAGUUUCUCGACCUGAGCGGCAACCAGUUGAGGCAACUGAGGAGGGACUACUUUGCACGGCUCCAGGGUCUCGAGGAGCUCAGUCUGGCCCGCAAUCACAUCGAGGCCAUCGAGGGCUAUGCCUUCGCCAAGCUGAAGAGCCUCAGGUCCCUGGACCUGUCGCACAAUCCGUUGGUGCAGCUGACACGCGAUGUCUUCCUGGACGAGCUGCCCCUGAACUCGCUGAGUUUGGCCAACUGUUCGCUGAGGAAGCUGGAACAGCAUGCCUUCAAGUCACUGACCAACCUGAAUGAGCUGAAUCUGGAGAGGAAUCAAUUGAAUCCGGCGGACAUCCAGAAGCUGGACAUACCGAAUCUGAGGAGGCUGCUGCUGAACCACAACAACUUCAGUCAUGUGGGCUCGGGUGGCAUAAUGGCGGGCAUGUUCGAUCGACUGCGAUCCCUGCAGCAGCUCUCCAUGUUCAAUUGCAGUUUGGGCCAAAUACCGGACCUGCUCUUUGCCAAGAACACCAAUUUGGUGAGACUCGACCUGUGCGACAACAGGCUCUCGCAGAUGAAUCGCAACAUCUUCAGUGGGCUGAAUGUGUUCAAGGAGCUGAAACUGUGCAGGAAUCAGCUCUCCGAGUUCCCGCACAUAGCCCUGUACAAUCUGAGCACCCUGGAGACCCUGGACUUGGCCAGGAAUCAGUUGGCCUCCAUUGACUUCUUCAAGCUGAGCGGCACCCUGAAUCUCAGACAGCUGAUCCUGCGGGACAACAAGAUCACCGCUCUGAGCGGCUUCAAUGCGGUGAACCUAACCCAGUUGGACAGUGUGGAUCUGAGUGGCAACCUGCUGCUCUCAUUGCCGGCCAACUUCCUGCGGCAUUCGAUCAACUUGCAGAAGGUCGACUUGUCCAGCAAUCGAUUCCUGCAAAUACCCUCCUCCGCACUGUCGGAUGUGUCCAUUCCCCGUUUGUCGUGGCUGAACCUGACCGGGAACCCUAUCAACAGGAUUUACACGGUCAAGGAGGAGAGGUAUCCCUACCUGAAGGAGCUGUACAUCUGCCAGACGAACCUUUCCAUACUGACAUCGAAGGAUUUCGAGGCCUUUCAGGCCCUGCAGCACCUGCAUCUGGUGAACAACAGGAUCACCAGGAUCUCGCCGGGUGCCUUCAAGUCGCUGACCAACCUGCUCACCCUGGACUUGAGUGUCAAUGAGCUGGAAAUGCUGCCCAAGGAGCGAUUGCAGGGACUGCAACUGCUGCGCUCGCUCAACAUUUCGCACAACACCCUCAAGGAUCUGGAGGAGUUCAGUGCCGACCUCUCGGAGAUGCAAACCCUGGAUCUGAGCUUCAACCAGCUGGACCGCAUCUCGAAGAAGACCUUCAGGAAUCUGCAAGGACUGCUGGAACUGCUGCUCAUGGGCAACCGGAUGACGGUCCUCUCGAACGACGCGUUCCGGUUCUUGAGGAAACUGCACGUGCUGGAUCUGCGCAAGAACUACUUUGAGCUGGUGCCAUUGGAGCCACUGAAACCGCUGGAAACCAAUCUGAGGACUCUUAAACUGGAGGAGAAUCCACUGCAUUGCAGCUGCGACGCCCAAAAACUGUGGGAAUGGCUGCGGGAUCAUCGCAAAUGGUCGCUUUCCACGGGCUCCGGCGCCGCGGGGGGAGUGGGCGGAGGGGGCGGCGGAAUGGGCGGCGAUUCCAUUAAUUACCUGAAGUGCGAACACCCGACGGAGCUGCGGGGCAAGGUGUUCGGCCGGAUGGAGCCGCAGCAGUUCUGCGACGCCCCGCUAAUACCCAAAAUGGCCAUCCAGGACAUCCAGCCCUACUCGGUGGUCGUGUCCUGGCAGAGUCGCGACCAUUUGGGCCUCAAUGGCUUCGAAAUUGUUUACCACGCCACCGGCGACGGGCUCGUUCCGGCCGGAUCUUCAACGGACCGUGAGCGGGAGCGGGAGCGGGACGGAGAGAGGGGUCAUGACCCGGACAGGGAGCGGAACCAGCACCAAAACCGGAAUCGGAAUCCUGAGCAGGACCUGGAGCAGCGGGCACGGGAAAGGGAACGGGAGCGCGAGAGGGAGCGGGACAGGGAGCGGUUCCCCAUCGCCACGGAUGAGAUCCACGGCAAGCGGCUAAACGGCACGGCCAGCUCGACCAAGUUAACCAAGCUGAGCCCCAAUACCCGCUAUCACAUCUGCGUCAUCGGGAGCGGUAAUUGGCUCUCGGAGCCGCUGGCGAACGCACUGCAGCGGCUCCACGCCAACGAAUCCUUGCGGGAGGAGGAGGCGGUGAUGAUGUCGGCGCCCCUGCCGGACUCCUUCUCGCCGUAUCAGCACCAGCAUCAGCACACUAGGAACACCAAUGCUGCGAUGAUUCAGGACCAGAAUCAAGAUGCGGACCUGGACAAUGCCAUCGGUGUGGACCACGCCCUGAUGGAGGUGCUCAAGAACUCGCACAUCUCCGCCUGCACGGAUGUGCAGACCCUGGACUCCACGCCCAGUUUGGUCACCGAUGAGAACGGGCUGUCCAGCAAUGGGUUCAUACACUCCAUCCUGACCAGAAGAUUGGGCCUGAUAGUGGGCUGCUGUCUGGGCAUCAUCGUCUUCAUUGUGAUGAUCUCCGUGUUGAGCUAUGUGAAGCUGAAGAAGCAGCGCAUCGAGAAUGCCAAGAGGCAGGCCGCCCUGCCGCCGGAGUAUAUAUCCUAUCGGCACUUCUCCAUUCCCAACGAGGAGCUGACCAGGACCGCGGCCACUGCAGGAGCAGCUGCGGCAGCGGCGGCCCAGGCGGCACAGGCUGCGGCGAAUAAGUCCGGCGAAGUUGGCAGCUCGCCGCACAUGUCCAGUGUGCCCAGCGGCAUAAGUGCGCACAUUAGUGGGACCAGCCUGAGCACAGGUGGCACGGGCACGGGCACUACCACCACCACGGCCACUACGCCCAUUGGGGGCGUGCCCAUUAUGGGCGUGCCCGUGCCGCUUGGCAAGGGCGGCAGUCCGCUGGUGGGCUUGGUGGUGGACAGCGACCACGCCCACAAUCACACCCACAACCACGGCCAUGCCCACAGGCAGAAUAACGGUUACAUGGCCGCGGGGGUGGUGCUCAAUACAAACCACUUGAGCGUGUGUUAGUCGCACCACCAAAAAUUCCAAGUAAAUAAUUAAAGCAGGGGGAGUCUGCCCCAAAGAAUCGAGCGGGAUAUGGUGGCAAGUGGGGGGGUGUUGAAUUUAAAAAAAAAAAUACAUUUCAAUACAUUUCACAAAUUUCCGCAUUCAUCCUGAUAACUAUCCUUUGUCCUUGGAUAAAAUACCACACGUACGUUGCUACGGUUUAAAAUGAUUAGACGUUCAAUUUAAAUUAUUUAUUUUACCUAUCAAAGGACGUUCGUUUAGGAUUGAAUCGAACUUAGUUGUUGAACGUCACAAAAAUCUUGAGAUCAUAAAGGUUAUCUAAAAACGCAACCGUAUCAAUUUUUACAAGUAGCUCACAUUUGACCAAACUAUCAACGCUGUUAAUUCUGAUAAUUGCAAUCGUCACUAGAUAAAUACCAUAUGUAUUGCUAAGAGCAUUUAUAGUAAUCAUUUAUUUUAAAGUAAAUGUGUUUUAUUAAGUUAACUAGUUGCAGUUGUAAACCAAAACUUAGAUAGUGAGGCAAUUAUUUGAAAAAGUACUAAACAAGUAUGAAUUAUAGUAUAUUAACUUAUGCCAAAAAAUCCUAACAAUGUAAUCAGAAAGUCGAGAAACUGUUUGAACUGUGUUAAAUAAUAUCACUUACUACAUUUUUAGAAAAUUAUUUGAGUUCCCGCAAAUACUGAGUUGAUAUCCAGCUCAACUGAUAAUACCCAAAAAUAAUCGCUUACUCAUUCGAGAAUAAAUGAGUUUUAAGAGGAUCUACCGCAUGUGUGGUCUCUACUUUUGCCAUUCAAAAAUAAAAUCCGAUUUUAAUAAUGAAAUGGAUGGCGUGAUAUAUUGAAAUUUUAAGUGAAUUAAGUGAAUUCAACCACUUCAGCACCCCCCUUCAAAUCAAAUCUGCAACCCAACAAAACAAAAAAUAAAAGGCGCAAAAGCUCGCAUAUUUCAUAUUUCAAAUGGAGUCAAAAACUUUUGCCAAUCAGAGCAAUUGCAAUGGAAUUUUUAUGUUUUCAAUGUGCCCAAAAUGCAUUUAAUUUACGAUUGAAAAAACUAAAACCAACAAGCCCAAAAAAAGGUAAAGAAUGAUAAAUAUAGAAAAAGAGAGAAAAUCUAGGUUAGUGAUAAUCAUGAUGAUGCGUUCAACGUUCGUUUAGUUAUGACAAUUGAAAGUAGAGCACUAUGCGAAAAUCUAAAAGCGGUCGGCAUCGCGGAAUUUUCAAUGUAAAUAAAGUGAAAUCAAAGCGAAAUCUCAGCCGUAAAUGUUGCAUCUAAAUCAAAUUAAGCUCCAUAUAAAGCUAUCUAUAAGAACUACACACACAUGGCCAUAUAUCUACAUAUAUAUAAAUAAACGUAUAUAUAUUAAUAAAAAUAUAUAUACCUGUAAUGGAAAACACACAAACACAGACGUUUUUUUUGAGCUAGAAUUAGUGAAUGAAUGAAUGAUCGAAUUUUUUUUUUUUUUUAGACCUGCGCUGAGAAAUCCAAGAUGGACUAGAUAUAUAAAACGAUAUGAAAGCGACAAGACAUAUUACCAAAAAUAAGUAACUAAUUAUAUUGGGGUAAAACAAUAAAAUUAACUAGUUUAAGUGCAGGCCCCCAAAGUAUGCAUAUUUGUUAGCAGAACUCAAAGAGUUUCAUAUAUAAAUAUAUACAUACUUUUUUUUUCUGAUAGUUAACUAUAUAUGGUUUUCCUAUUUUUCGAUUUGAAAAACAAAUUAAGCUUUAGUCGAGGAAUGGAAAAACACAUAACGAUUUACUUUAGCAAAUAAAUAUUAUGCAUAAUGACGAAAACCAGAUGCAGAAGCAAAACCAAAAUAAUAGUAAUAAUAAAUUGGCUAAAGAAUUUCUAGAAAAUUAAGUCAAAUCAAAUUAAAACGAAACACAGAAACACACAUUCGCACACAGAAACACACAGCCGAGGCGAGGAGAUUUCCUAACUUUCCGGCUCCCCCUUUUCUCCUUGUGUACGUCUCUGUGUGUCUGGGCUUCUCAAAUAUUUUAAUAUUGUUAUAUGCAAAACACAACAUGCAUGCUGGCAAACUUAAGAAGCAAACGAUAACAAUGGCCAGAGGAAUAAGAACGCAAAAUGAAAAUGAAAAUCAAAAAAUCGAACUUAAGACAACAUGAAAUAAACAAAAAACAAGACAAAGAAACCCCAAAGAAAAAAAUAAGUAUAACAUUUAACAAAAAGCUUUGUUAUGCUCUACAAAAAGAACAACACAAAAAAAUGCAUUCGCUGCCAUGCCAAAAACCCUUCUCUUCAAUUCUAGUUAAAUUGUAGGGCAUAAAAAGCAAAAACACAAAAUACACACAAACUGCAGAGGUAAAAAUUAAACAAACAUACAGCAAACAUGCA